CUAUUUGUUUAGUUUUCUUCGCUUGGCAUCGCUAAUUUGAGGUAAUCUCUCCACGUUUCUCGGUUUGGGCUUAUACCGCUCCAAUUUUUGUGUGUCUGGAAGAAAUUCAAAUUAUAAAUAGAAAGGUUAAUAACUGACCAUGGAAAAGUUAGCAGAACAGAAUGAAAGGGCUUUUCAAAAGCAGCCUACAGUUUUCUUAAACAAAAAACCAGGUUUAGGAGGAAAGCAAAAAUUAAAGAAGGGUCGUUACUACAAAAAUGUUGGUUUGGGUUUCAAGACCCCCAGAGAAGCAAUUGAAGGUAACUACAUUGAUAAGAAGUGCCCCUGGACCGGAAACGUGAGCAUUCGAGGUCGUAUUUUGCGAGGAACCAUCAUCAAGAUGAAAAUGAAUCGUACAAUUGUCAUCAGGAGGGAUUACCUACAUUAUGUAAGAAAAUAUAAUCGUUUUGAAAAACGACAUAAAAAUAUGUCUGUUCACUUGUCACCUUGCUUCCAGGAUUGCUCUAUCGGUGAUGUUGUCACUGUCGGUGAAUGCAGGCCCUUGAGCAAAACUGUUCGUUUCAAUGUUUUGAAAAAUGCUAAAACCUCUGGCUCUAAAAAGCAGUUUGUAAAAUUUUAGCUGCAUAUUCAAUGUAAAAUAAAAGUAUGAAAAAAAA